AGGUCUCACUCUGGGACAUUUUAUUGGACAUCUGCACAGGAAUGAAUCUGUAGUCCUGCUCCUGAUCCUCCGGCAUCCUUAAAUGCUUCUACAAGGUGGGAAAUACAAAAAAUACUCAGAGAAACUCCGCACCCAUUAAAGGAGAAGCUCUGUUUGACCUGGAAGACAAAACACGGGGAGAAAUCUCAAGUUUGUGCACUGAUAUGAGUUCAGUAAACCCUCUGUUCUGUCUGUAAGGCGCAUAUCCUCCUCCUCUUCUGUGAUUAAUUUUCCUCUGAGAGUGGAUCAUCUCCUCUCGAGAGGAUCUGCGCAGCUCUGCGGUGGAUCUGGAUGCUCUCCACGUCCUCCUCCUGCUGCUGCUCAUCUUCCUCCUCCUCACAGACACAGACCGUCCGAGCCCGCCGGACCGGCUCCUGCAUUUAGACCCGGACCUGGACCCUUCACACCGGGAUAUAAACCUGGAUUCCACCCUGUGAAGGGGGCGCGGAUCGGGGCGCGAGGCGGGGGGUGCUGUGGCGGAUCCAGCGCGCGUGCGUCUGACCACGAGCUCCUGAUUGGAGGAUUCGGGCUGAACGUUUGGAGCGCCGGAACGCGGCACCGGCAACGCGCGCAGACCUCCAGUUUAUUUUUUUUGGUCUUUUUGUACCUGCGCGCUCACCUGUGAGGACGCAUGUCUCAGCUCCAGCACGCGGCUCUGGACCAGCAGGGCCUGUACAACCAGAUCUGUACCCGCAGCAGCAGCAGCUGCCCCCCCCCCGCAGAGGACUCCGAGCCGCCCCCCUGCCCCUGCCCCGGCCACAGGAGCCGGACCCCCCGCAGGAAGUGGCAGAUGUUCCCGGGCAGGAACCGGUUCUACUGCGACGGCAGGAUCAUGAUGGCACGGCAGACCGGGGUCUUCUACCUGACCCUGGUCCUCAUCUUGCUCACCUGCGGCCUCUUCUUCACCUUCGACUGUCCUUUCCUGGCAUCCAACCUGACCCCGGCCAUCCCGGCAAUCGGCGGUGUCCUCUUUGUCUUCGUGAUGGGGAUGCUGUUCAGGGCAAGUUUCAGUGACCCUGGCAUUUUACCCCGAGGGACACCGGAUGAGGCCGCCGACCUGGAGCAGCAAAUUGACUCGGCGGGCUGCUCCCGUCCACCACCUCGCACCAGAGAGGUUCUCAUCAACGGUCAGACCGUCAAGCUGAAAUACUGCUUCACCUGCAAAAUCUUCAGGCCGCCUCGAGCAUCACACUGCAGUCUGUGUGACAACUGUGUUGAGCGCUUUGACCAUCACUGUCCGUGGGUGGGGAACUGCGUCGGACGGAGGAACUACCGCUUUUUCUACCUGUUCAUCCUCUCCCUCUCCUUCCUCACCAUCUUUAUCUUCGCCUUCGUCAUCACACACGUCAUCCUCAGAUCAAACCGGACAGGUUUCCUGAGCGCGCUCAAAGACAGCCCAGCCAGUGUCCUGGAGGUGGUGGUGUGUUUCUUCUCUGUCUGGUCCAUCGUCGGCCUAUCUGGCUUCCACACCUACUUGAUCAGCUCUAACCAAACCACUAAUGAGGAU